GUCUCCGCUACGAGCGCGGAUUACAGCCAGUCUAAAAGUGGUAACUUGAAGACGAGAGGAAUAAACUGCUGUGGAAAGUAACUUGAUAACUGGGAUGAAUUUUGUUAGAUUGCCCAAAUUAUAUGUAAUAGCGCGUACUGUCAAGCUGGUUCGCGGAGAGACGCGGUGAAAGCGGAGGAGGCGUUGUGUUAAAGUCACGUUAAGGUGACACUUUUUGGUUACAAUGUAUUUUUUAACAUUCCUGCCAGUUCUCUAAGAGUCGGCAGCCAAGUGAUCGCUCUCAGGAUCAGCGGAGGAAUGCGCGUUUGUUGCACAUGAGCAUGGAGUAAGAUGGAAGCUACACGCGCAAACUUUACAGAUGCGCGAUGUGACCAGCGCUGCCGAGUGAAGCAAGCUCCAGAGUGAAGAGAAACUGAUGGACUGAAUGGACGGCGGCAUGUUUUCUGGUCAGGCUGGUCUGAAUUACAGCUUCAACCUGAGCGAUGACCGAGAUUUGCUGGACGCGCCGGCGGGCUCGGCGAAGCUCUCCCCGGCGGGCUUUGUGGUGCUGUCCGUGGUGCUGGGCUUCAUCAUGACUUUCGGCUUCCUGAACAACUUCAUUGUGUUGCUGCUGUUUUGCAAAUUCAAAAAGCUGCGGACACCGGUGAACAUGCUGCUGCUGAACAUCAGCGUGAGCGACAUGCUGGUGUGUUUGUUCGGCACCACUCUCAGCUUCGCCUCCAGCAUCCGCGGAAAGUGGCUGCUGGGGCGCAGCGGCUGCAGCUGGUACGGCUUCAUCAACUCUUGCUUUGGUAUAGUUUCGCUGAUCUCUCUGGUGAUCCUCUCCUAUGACCGCUACAGCACCCUUACUGUUUACAACAAGCGUGGGCCAGACUACCGUAAGCCCCUAAUAGCCGUUGGGGGCUCUUGGCUGUACUCCUUGUUCUGGACAGUGCCCCCCCUACUGGGCUGGAGCAGCUAUGGCAUAGAGGGGGCAGGAACAAGCUGUUCUGUGUCCUGGACUGCUAACAGUGCCCAAUCGCACGCCUACAUCAUCUGCCUCUUCAUUUUCUGCUUGGGUCUGCCUGUCAUAGUGAUGAUCUACUGCUACAGCAGAUUGCUUUGGGCAGUCAAACAGGUGGGUAAGAUCCGAAAGACUGCAGCCCGGAGGAGGGAGUACCACAUUCUGUUCAUGGUGCUGACCACUGCAGCCUGCUACCUGCUGUGCUGGAUGCCUUAUGGUGUCGUGGCAAUGAUGGCAACAUUUGGCCCACCCAACAUCAUUAGCCCUGUGGCCAGUGUAGUUCCCUCACUGCUUGCCAAGAGCAGUACCGUCAUCAACCCCCUCAUCUAUAUACUUAUGAACAAACAGUUUUACAGGUGUUUCCUGAUUCUGUUUCACUGCGAUCGCUGGUCAUCGGAGAAAGGCGACACCUCGGUGCCGUCCAAGACUACGGUAAUCCACCUUAACCGGCGCGUCUACAGCAACACGGUGGCCUGCACCGCCCAGAUCUCCACCGAAGCUCUCAACCAGUGCUACAGCACCGCAGACACCAAGCACACAAUCCCUCCAGAGGUCACCCCCUGAACAUGAGCAUUAAUCAGACAGGAAUCACCGCCAUCACAAUGAAGCACGAAUAACCCAGAAUGUGAACUCCGGUGGACUGUGGACAAGAGCUUUCAGAAAGUAGAUGUGCUUUUUCGUGUUAUGUGUAAACUUGUAUUUGUAGACCAUAAAUGUGCCCUUUUAAACCUUUUUUUCUUUUACUAUACAUAACACAAAAGUGCUAAACGACCACAGAAAUGCAUGUAAAGUAUGCAAAUGCACACAUACAUGUACACCCAUGUGUGAUGCAACCAGACAUGUUGGUAUCAAUCAGUUUUAUCAUCCACCACGCACCUUCUCCUGUUCAGUACAUGCAAAAAAAAAGGUAAGAACUUCAUUCAAACUUAUUUCUAAGUUUUUGCAUCUAUUAAAAAUAUGUAUUUUUUAAUAAAGGGCACCGUCACUGUGGUGGGUUCAAGGUUUUAGUCUGUUUCCGAACUGAUGUGUAUGCAUUACAUUCAUUUCAGUAUAUAUUAUAUAUAUAUAUUUCAGUAUAUUACAUAUUCUUAG